AUGGGAUAUGAACGUGGUGAUAAAUUUACACUAGCAGUCGAUGGAAACAAGAUCAUUGGGUUUUACGGAAAUGCUGUGACGAACCUCAAUUCUCUUGGAGCAUAUUUCACUUGGAUUACUCCAACUAAAACGGAAGCAAAAGGGGGCAAACGAGGCAAGGAGUGGGAUGAUGGAGCCAACCAUGAGGGUGUAACAAAGAUUCAUGUAAAAUAUGGUUCUAAAGGCAUAGCAAACAUCCAAUUCGAUUACGUUAACAAGGGUGGACACGUCGAAGAAGGGCUAGUUCAUGGUUCAGGUAAAAGUGUAAAUCUGGAACCGUUUGAGAUUAAUCAUCUCGACAAGGAAUACCUGCUAUCUGUUGAGGGUUACUACAACGAGACUUCCAGUGUGAUUCAAGCACUUCAAUUCAAAACCAACAUGAAGACUUCAGAACUGAUGGGAAUGGAUAAGUCUGGUACUAAGUUUUCACUAGGGUGCAACGGUGAAAAGAUCGUUGGGUUUCAUGGAUUUGCUGAUGAGAACCUAAACUCUCUUGGAGCUUAUUUCAUAACACUUCCUCUCACUAAAUUGGAAGCCAAAGGUGCUCCUAGAGGCAGCCUAUGGGAUGAUGGUGUUUUACAAGGAGUAAAAGCGAUAUAUGUUUUUUAUGAUGAUGAUGUAAUUAGGUGUAUCAGGUUCGAGUAUAAUUACGAAGGCAAAGUGGAAACUCGCCAGCAUGGGGCAAAGUAUGUAGAUGGAAAAGAAGGAGAGAGACUUAUAUGUAGGAAUCCUUUUUUGGUCGCAGUUAUUCUGCUGGACUACCCGAAUGAAUUUAUUACGUCCAUAGAGGGGAGUUACAUAAAAUUUCCUGAUAAUGAUACGUGGAUUGCGUCGUUGGCUUUCAAAACAUCAAAAGGGAGGACCUCUCCAACAUUUGGAAGUGUGUUAGGCAAAAAUCGGGUUGAAUUUGUGCUCGAGAGCAAAGGUUGUGCUCUUGUUGGGUUUCAUGGACGGUCUACUUUUUGUGCUCUUCAGUCUCUAGGAGCAUAUUCUCGUCCGAUGCCUCCUCCUCCUCCUCCUCCUGAUGCGGAGAAACUAGAAGGACAAUGUGGUGAUGAAGGAGCUUCCUUAUCCUAG